AGGCGAGUCUGGUGGUCUCGGAUUAUGAACGCUUUUGGACACCAGCCGGCAUCGAACCCGCACAGCAGUCAGCAGCACAGCGCGCAGGAGCUCUUGGACAUGGCCGUGUACUGCGACAACUACGGUGUGUACCAGCAGAACCUGCACCACCACCAUCACCCUCAGAGGGCCCCGGCACACGCCUCCAGCUACGGCCUGAGCGAGUAUCCCACCCCGCCCUCCAACCCUUACCUGUGGCUCAAUGGACCCGGGAUCAACUCCUCUCCGUACCUGCCCGGGAACAACAGCGCGCCAUACUUGCAGCCCGGAUAUGGGUCGAACCAGCGCCAGUAUUUGCCUCCAGCCAGCGGGUUCGGAGGGGCAGACCUGGGCUGGCUGUCCAUCUCCAGCCAGCAGGAGCUGUUCAAGAUGGUGCGACCGCCGUACUCGUACUCGGCUCUGAUCGCCAUGGCCAUCCAGAGCGCGCAGGACAAGAAGCUGACCCUGAGUCAGAUCUACCAGUACGUGGCCGACAACUUCCCCUUCUACAAGCGCAGCAAGGCGGGCUGGCAAAACUCCAUCCGACACAACCUGUCGCUCAACGACUGCUUCAAGAAGGUGGCCCGAGACGAGGACGACCCUGGGAAGGGUAACUAUUGGACUCUGGACCCGAACUGUGAGAAAAUGUUCGACAACGGCAACUUCAGGAGGAAGAGGAAGAGACGAGCCGACCUGAACGCACCUGACGUCAAGGCCGAGGAGGUCCAGCUGAAGAUCUCCGACACCGCCAGCCUCCUCAGCAGCUCCCCGCCCAGCCUGCACGGGUCACCGACCUCCACCGAGCCCAAGUCAUCCCCGACCCACUCGGCGGAGCACAGUCCGUGUUUCAACAGCUUCGUGUCGAGCGUCAACACGCUGAUGGCCGCGGCGGGGGACGGAUCCAGGGUCAGUGAGCGGGACUUCGGAGAGGUGACCCAGGUCAGAGAGGGCAUGUCCGGUCUCGGUAACUACUCGCCCUCCCUGAUCUCGCCCCUGAACCCCGACAACAGAAUGAACUAUUACACCCCGAUCCAGAGUCUGUCCAACCACUUCAGCGUCAACAACCUCAUCUACAGCAGAGAGGGGACCGAGGUGUGAGGGGGCCCGUCCCUCGCGCACGGACUGCUUCCUCCGUCCUUCUCACUCAUAUGCUUUUUAUUUUUAUAAAGCUGCUCUCCGGGGUAUCUGU